GGGAGGAGUUGCACGGCACGCCACUCUCCACGACAACGCGUGUAUGCGUAGUGGCCCGCGGCGGCGCAAAGCGUAUCGUAACCGGCCGCGCACUUCUCUCAGUGCUCAAGAAGUGAGCACUGGACGACGACGCCGGAUACGCACUUUGCGUGUCGAUAACAGCUCGUGCGCGUCGUUGUCGCUCCACGGUGGUCUCCGUCGACGACACCAACGCUCUCAGGCGGCUGUUCUCUCUCCUCGCCGUCUUCUCCGGAACUUCGGGGGGGAACGACGUCGCCGACUUCCGUGCGACCGGACUCCUUCGCAAGCCGAUCCUCUGGCUGCGCACGACUCCGAAGUCCACGCCGCGGUGGAUACCUUCUUCGAGCCGAGGCUUGGUGUUGCUUUUUUUUUUCUCAGCGCCACUUUUGUUUUCGGAGCAUCGUCGACUACCCUUCGAGCGUCCUGUCCUGUUACUGGAGUUGACGUCGAUAAUACUCCAGUUUAAGGGAGUAAAAAAAAGCGUCGCCGUGGUUUGACCUGGAAGGAGGAAAUAUGGCGUAGUCUACACAAUCACACAAGCGCCAAGCUUGCCCAUUGAGGGUCGGUGCUUAGAGGGCCAUGCACCGGAGAUUGACGAUGUCGCGUCACAAGUGGCCACGGAUCAUCGCCGCCGCCUGGCUCGUCCACUUGGUUUCGGCAGAGCUAAGUGCGUCAUCGCCAGAUGACGGUAAUGGCCUCACAUCUUCGUCGUCCAGUGAAGGAACAGACGACGUCGGCAACAGGUCGGCGGACGGUGCCUACGUUUCUGGUCCCAGUGGCAGCAAGCGCAAGCUGCUCCUCUCUAGUCAGGUCUUCACCUUCCUCAAGGAGACGUCGUUCCUUCGCGUUGAGCCAACCUCCUGGCCUCUGCAGCAGACCAGAGAGAUCACCUUUUCGUUCAAAACCCAAAAGCCGCACGGACUGCUCUUUUACCACCUGCUGGAGGAGUCAUCCGACAUGGACAGUGUGCCAAACUACGAGCUUUACGUCAUGCUAGAAAACGGCAGGCUCAAAAUCAUACACAUCCUCAACACUGAGGGCAACGAGAUCUUCUAUGUUGGAAAGGGGCUCACCCGGGACAGGUGGCACACGGUGACGCUGCGCGUGACGCCCUCUGAAGGCGAGAUGCGAGUGCGCGUGGACCACGAGGAUCUGAACAUCAAGCUGUCGUCGCUGGUGCACCGAGGAGGAUACGACAUCGGAUCGGAGACAACGUCUUCCUACCUCUACUUCGGCUCCAUCGACCCGAAGAACUCCUCCGUGGACAUGCACUACAACACGGACAGCUUCUUCGGAUGCCUCGGGCGGGUCAGCUUCAGGCUGGAGAACGGCAGUUCCGUGGACGCCGCGCUCACUGUCGAGGAGGACGUGGUGAGGGACUGCGUCGACCUGUGCGACAAGUACGACUUCUGCCUCAACGGGGGCCGCUGCGUCAACCACUACAGCUACUACGGAUGCGACUGCUACGGCACCCACUACGAGGACCACAUGUGUGGAUACGACAAUCUGACAACGGUCACAUUGAGGGGCAACUCUUACAUCACGUACCGCAUCUACGACUGGAAAGAUCGCGUCCACUCGGACUUCAACCGGAUCAGCAUGAUGUUCAGGAUAUAUGUUCCCGAAGCGGUCCUUUUCCUAGCUACGGGCGAGCAUGACCCUAAAAACACGGUAGCGGCCAGCAUACGAGGUGGCGCUCUCUUCUUCAGCAUUGACUUUGGCCGAGGACUGUUGAACGUCACCAUGGGCUCGAACCUGCACGACGAGAUGUGGCACAAUUUCACAAUGAUUCACGACGGAACCCAAGUCACCCUGUACAUGGACAAGAUGAUUCACACGCUUCGAAUCAGCGACAGCAACUAUUACCUGCACUUGGAUCCCGACAUCUACAUCGGAGGAGUGCCUCACGAGGCUCCAGGGCUAGUGACCGACCUGCAGUUUGUGGGCUGCUUCCGCGAGGUGUACUUCAACCAGGACAAUUGCCUGCAGUCUCUGCGCAAGGGCGAGCCCAAGGCGCGCCACAACGGCAUAUUUCCCGUCGAGUACGGCUGCGCCCUGGUGGACACCAUCCCGCUCACAUUUCCGUUCGCCGAGUCACGGCUCACUCUGAAUUUGCCCAGCAAGACGCGCCUCGACAUCUCCGUCGACUUCAAGACCCAGCAAAACGAGACCGUCAUCGCAUCCAGCCUGCUGCGCUCCGACAAGGGACAGGGCUUCUGGGAGAUUCGUCUCAAGAAAGGCACCGCCAUCUUCACCAUCGUUCCGGACGAGACGAACCCAUCGCACUACUGGUUCCUCAGCAAGGGCAAACAGCUCACUGACGGCCACUGGCAUCAGGUCGGCGUCAUUUUCGAGAACGAAAAUGUGGAGUUGACGAUCGACUUCAACCGCAAGCUGAAGGACACCUACCCCCGUCCCGUGGAGCUCGUAGGGCCGCUCGUGAUUGGAGGAUUCCCCAAGCAACACGUCAUGGGCUUCGUGGGCUGCAUACGGGACAUCUACGUGGAGAAGGAGUGGGUGGACCCUCGCAAGGUGGUCGGCACGGAGUACGCGCACGGCGAGGUCUCGCUGGAUAACUGUCAGCUCAUCAACCCGUGCAACAACCCGAAUGCUUGCGAGCACGGUGGACAGUGCUACCUGGACGGCUCCCGCUUCAAGUGCAACUGCAACGGCACCGGAUACACAGGGAAGACGUGCCACUUCUCGACGUACAAACGUACUUGCCAGGAACUGUUCCUGGUUGGCUAUCGCAAGUCCGGGACGUACAAGAUCGACAUCGACCGGAACGGCCCGCUUCCACCGGCACACGUGGAAUGUGACAUGCAGCGCCCUGACGGCUCCAUCGCGACCAAAGUCAACCACAACAUGCAGCGCGAAAUGGUAGGUUCACGAGAAGCACAUAUAAGUUUCUACAUGGACAUCACCUACCGAGAGUUCACGCCUGAGAUGCUGCAGUCUCUAAUCCACGCAUCGAAGCAGUGCUACCAGCACAUCACCUACGAGUGCUUCAAGGCUCCCCUUGGCCUGCGUCGGCGUUGCCACACCGAAACACGAGACUCCCCUAGAGCAGAGCGCAUCCACCCUCGCUCGCUGGAUUCCAUGGCCAACGGAUACUGGAGAGCUACACGUGGUUGCAGUCGUCGUCAGGGCCGCCACUACGUGACAAGCAUCGGCAGCGGCCGACCGGCCUGGUGUCAGUGCGCCGAAACGCGAAGCUGCUCCAACGCUUCGCGCCUCUGCAACUGCGACGUGGCUGACGGCCGCUGGAGGCUCGACGAGGGCAUCUACGACCGUCCCGAGGACCUGGGCAUCGUACGCAUAUACAUGCUCCAGCCCAGGCUGGCCCACGACGCCGAAGCCCGGAUGACUCUGGGACCUCUCGAAUGCACCGAUACGAAUACGCAGCAGUACGUCAUCACCUUCAAGACAGCACCUUCGUACCUGGAAGUGCAGACCGGCUGGCGCCGAGGAGACCUGGCCUUCAGCUUCCGCACGUCCAGCAAGCGGGCUGUCGUCCUCUACCAGGCGGCGUUGCACGAGAAGCAUGGCUAUCUGCUUGCCAUGAUUACGAGCGACUACGAGCUGUCGUUCGAGUACACCGUGAACGGUGAACCACGCAUCGUCAAGCUCCUGUCGCGCAGCCGCCUCAACACGGGUGAGUGGCAGCAGGUGUGGCUGGACCACGACACCCACCACAUGCGGUUCACCGUCAACCUAGACUCGGUCAUGGUCGACUUGGCGAAGGACGAAGGCGUUGGGCCCUUCGAAGGUCCCCUCUACAUCGGUGGCGCACCAAAGGACCUGCUUACACAUCCGGACAUCACCGAAGGCUUCAUAGGGUGCUUCAGAGGACUGAUUAUCAACAACCACGUCGUGAACCUUUACAACCAUCUAAGUCGCAGGACGAGAGAUUGGGUGCCAGACAUCGUGAUGGACUGCCAGCCGUCGUGCUCUUCGAACCCGUGCCAGAACGGCGCCACCUGUCAUGAGAACUGGGGCUCGUACAACUGCGAGUGCGAGAACGCCCUCGCGCACAGCGGUUUCAACUGCGAGAACAACCUGAACGAGAACUCAAUGACGUUCAUCACGUCCAGCUCGUGCUACCACCGGGCCACCCUGGGCAACGUGUCGGAUCCAGUUCUCGAGCAGGACAUCCUCCUCAGCUUCCGCACCUAUCAGUCCGAGGCCCUGCUCCUCUACUCGUUCAACCACCUCAACAACUUUGUUCAGCUGCACUUCGAGAAACGCAAGCGCGUUGUCUUCACCUUCAACUCGCAGCGCUCCAUCGUGCAAGGCUUUGUCGAGGCUCCCGACUUGGCCACUGGCCGCAUCGUGCAAGUGUUUGUGGACAGACAUCCGGACCGCACUAUCUUGCAAGUAAACGGGGACAACGUCACCAUUCCCCACCCCAUGGCUUUUCUCAGCACUUACUACAAGGAUCCGUGGAUAAAAGGAGAGGAGCUCGAGCUCGUAAAACCAGCCAGAGGAACCUUCGAGAGUGUUCCCAACAGCCAGAUGUACUUGGGAGGCGUCGACUUCGUCGGGGCAACCACCAACCUGCCCGGUCUUGUCGGCUGUCUGCAGGGACUACGCAUCGGAGCCACUCAGGUGGAUCUCAUCAAGACGUCGCGAAUCAAAAUGUCACCAAAGGACAAAUACGCCGGCUGCAAGAUGAUGUGUGACUCCAAGCCCUGUCAUCACAGCGGUCUCUGCAUCGAAGACUGGAAGAACAACCUGACGAGCUGUGACUGCUCUAUGACGUCAUACCAAGGAGACAUCUGCCAGACCGAUAUUGGAGCCAGUUUUGAUGGCAAGGCUUGGAUCGAGUACAUGUUCACACCCGAGUCGACGGGGCAAGACCGGAUAUCCAUAGCGUUAGCCUUCUCAACCAAGGCGAAGGCAAGCGUACGACAGGCGAUCCUGCUCGUACAGUACGCUCAGAGCCAACACUACGUACUCGUGGCUGUGACGCCGGAAGGGGCGCUGCAGAUUCAAGAGAAUCAUGCGUCGGCUAAAGCCUUUCGUACAGUGUUCGGAAAGCAGAUGGGAAACUUCGCGGACGGCUUCAGGCACUGGCUCCUCUACCGACGCGUCGAAAGCGACGCCCGAGUGGUGGUUGACGGCAAGGAGUAUGUUUUGACCAGCACCACGCCUGACACUUCGGGACCCACGGUGGACAUCAGCUCCAGCCUCGUCAUCGUAGGGGGAACCAAGCGCGACCCGCGAUUUGGUGACUAUGGUGACUUCCAAGGAUGCGUCUCCAACGUUGUUGUAGAGCUGCGGACGCUCAACAUUCGGCCACUGGAGACCUACUUCGGCUAUCAGAAGGGGGCGCUGGAGAAAGUCAAAGUGUACGGCACGCUGAGAGAAGGAAGAUGUGCCGAGUUUGCAGCCAUCGUCGGGGACAAAACCGAGGCCAUCUUUAAGCCACCAGCGGUCAGCGUACCGGAGUGGCACAAGACAAACCCCGUACUGGUUCCCUACAAGCACAACUCGUUCCAUCCUCAAGCAACCAAGCUCCUCUAUGCCAAGGCAACCAGCACGCGGGUGGCAGUCAUCAUGGGUGUCGUGUUGAUCGUGGUGCUGAUCGGAGUGUUCCUCUAUGCCUGGCGACUGCAGAAGCGUCACAAGCACCAGAAGCUGCGCGAGGACAUCACUUACUUCCGGCAGGGAUCCACCUACAAUCCGGCGAGACCGACGCCAAGGCGCAAGGUCAACUCGCCCGUCAAAGCUGUGAGUUUCAGCAGAAUGAGCAACGAUUACCAGCCGGUGCCUCAGACAAAGAAUGAAGUGCUCUCGUCGACGCCUCGCAAGUCGCUGGAGAUUGUGAUACCGAAUUCUGUGCCUCUGGUCAAUGCCACCCCACCAAAGCCUAUUCUGAACAACCGAAACUCGACUCCAGCAGUGUCGCCCAUCGUAAACGGCCUAGGUCAGCAUAAGUCAAAGCGACCCGUAUCAACUGCAUCCCAGGAACUCGAAUGGGAUCCCGCAGCCGAUAACGAUCUUCUGGGUUCUUCGGAAUUGAGUGCCAUGGAUCUUGGUGAUGACGAAGACUUUCCCGAGACGCCCAGGAAGGCGGGCAAUGCGGAGACGAUGCCUGAGGCUGCCGACGACUUGAGCCGACAGCCUUCGAUGAUCACUCUGCGUGGUGAGUCGAUGUACGCAAGCCUCUGCAGUGUCAUGUAAACGACGAGAGCAGCGGCAAUUCGCUGUAACCACUCACUGCGACGGCGUGAAUUCGAGUCCUCAACUCAACUCGACUCGACACGACUGACCGGGACGACACGCUCGCGCUUCGAACUUAAGCGCGCAGCACUCGCGAUUGUGUUUGACGCAAAACUCAAUGAAUGUGUUCACGGUGGUGCGGUGGUCGACGACGCGUCAUAGGCAUUUUCCUGUUCCACAGCGUGGCGAUAUUCGUCAAGAGGAACGGAAGUGUUCACCAGACAUGCAUUUGUUUCGUUUUUUACGUGAGUUCCAGGAGCAACGAAGGGUGGCAAGGUUAUUGGUAAUAGUAUAUGUACAGAUUUUCCGAGUGAACUGCUUCCUAAUACCUGCCGUCAGACGUUUUUAUACGAAGCCAUACCAAGCAGCCCUGUUAACUAAAGUGCAUUUGCUGCAUUUUGAGCCUUCGUGGCCUUCACAGCCUUUCUGAUUGCUUGCUAGUGUUGUAAUUGCUGAUGCCUCUCUGUUUGCUCAUAUACCACCUUAUACUAUGUUCGUAAUGAAUCAUACAUAUUUGUUUUAUGUUUUUACACCAAUACAAAGUUGAUUGGGCCACAUGGUUCAACAAAUGAGAAAACAAAACACACACUUAGUAUAAACGGACACUCUACGUCUUCCUUCUUUUGAGGAUUUCAUACGCAAAUGUGGUAAGAUAUAGGACUGGUACAUGGCCUGUUUUGUUCCGGUAUAACAGUUUUCGAUUCUCAUGUUGCCAGGUGCUCGUUUCGCCUGUAAACCGGCAUAAAAUUAGUUGCCAUAUUUUCGGGUCUUCCUAAGUCGUCGCCGAGAUGUUAUUGGCUGUAUAGCAAGCGUAUCGUCGGGUAACAACUGAAUCUUCGUCAAAUCAGGAUCUGCAAAGUACACCACCAACUGAUCAUCAGUUACCAUUACCGCUGUUCUAUUUGGAUAUAGUUUGUAAGAUGAGUAAUGGAGCAUGCGUGUAGUUGGUGUUUCGAUGCUCUGAGUGACAUCGGUAAUGAAAAAUAAAUACGGAGAACUAUAUU